UAACGGUCGUCUGAGCACCGUGACGUCACUGGAUAACUGGAGGUGUGACCAGUAGACCGGAAGUAAACAAACAGCUAAAUGGUGUAAGGAACGAUCGGUACAAAAGGGAACUCUGAGCGAGCUGUCUAAUAGCCUGUUGUAAAAUUUAGCUGUCAGUAAAACCGUAGUUAUUUCUGAAACGUUGCUACAUCAACAGAGACUCGCCUUAUCUAGGGCUUAUCGAAAGCGUAUGAUAACUAGGUCACAUACCUAGCUAACUAGCUACAAUGGCUAAUGCUGUUAACCAGAAUUUCCAUUCACAGCUUCGUUCCGUUGUCGACAUACUGGCAAUCACGGCUGUAAAAGAAAUUUCAAACCUUGUAGAUGAUGGAUUUGCGAUCUUGCACCUGGAAAUUUCACGAAGCCAGAAAGAGAACGAAGCACUCAAAUGCAAAAUACAGACGAUGGAGCUUCAGAUGGCUCGAGGAUGUGAGCAGGAGUUGGGAUUGCGAGAACAGCUCGUCAAGUGUCGCUGCGGUGGUGUUCAAAACGAAGAGAAUUCAUUUAAAACUACAAAUGGCGUCUUUGCAGAGCGCAUGGACAUGCCAAAGAUGGACGCAGAACGCCCCUCUAGGCACGAGAACACUCCCGCACUAACUGCUGACGUGAGGACUGAGUGUGCAAACGUGGAGGAGGAAAGUACUAAAUUGGUUCUUGUAAAGGAGGAAACGGUGGAAGAGGUCAGAGACCCACAGGGAGAGAUGAACACCAGGCAGGAUAGAGCGGUGGAGUGGAGGGCAGGCAGCAGGGAAAAACGUCCCGUUGAGGAAACGCAGAAUAAAGCAGCGAAUCACACAGAGGAGCUCACUGAGCAGCACAGGACCAGACGCGCUGUUUGGGAGGCUGCAGAUGGGGAGAAGCGAUCCCUUACAUCACUUCAUAUAAAGGAGGAGAAACCAGAGGAAGUUCUGGGGAACACUGAGCAUCACAGAGAGGAGGAGAACAGUGGGGACAGAUUGGCGGGGUCUGGCGCUGAUGCUGUGGGGAAGGCUCCCCCAUUGGUUAGAGGGACCAACCGUCAGGUGUGGAAGAGCAGCCAAUCAGAAGCUGCGCACAGAGAAAACCAGAGGGCCCAGCACAGGAAUCCGGAGAGUCUGGGCCCAGAACCCAUCACCCAUGAGAGGCCGGGUCAGCUAGGAACUCUGCUUCCCCAAAUGACCUCUGACCCUCAGUCUGGGGACCCGUCGUGCUCUUUCUCUGCAGAAACGGGCAUGGAGAGCCUGCAGGUCCGCUCAGUGCCGCAGUCGGUUCCCGCCGCGGCGGAAGGUCCUGGCGACAAGCUUUCUGCUUUGUCUUCUCUGGAGUGGGAUUCUGAGCUUGAGCAGAUGGACUUUGUGCCGGCUGAAGAGCAGGCCGGAAUGUUUGCAGCUUGGAGCGAAGGCGCCGUUUCAGAAAGAGUUCUUACACAACACAGGCUUUACAGUCAAGUACAGGACAAAGAAGAAACACAACCUGAAAAUAACUGUAGUGCUUCAUUUUCCCAAACAGGAGGGAGAGAGAACUCUGCAGAGUCUAAAUACAUUGGCACCAGUGUGACCGGUUGUGCACCGUUUGGUAAACAUUUAGCUGUAUCAAAAAACCACAGCAUUCAGGACCGAAUCGGUAGAGGAGUGAAGCAGUUCUCUUGUCCUACAUUUGAGAACAGCUUUGGUAGUUUUAAGGACAAUGAAUUCCAACAGAGAACUCUCACACAAGAGAGACCGUUCAGCUGCAUGCAGUGUGGAAAGAGCUUUGCUAGAUCACAUUACCUCAAAGGACACCAGAGAGUUCACACUGGAGAGAAGCCAUUUGCCUGUUCACAGUGUGAAAAGUGCUUUUCUUACCAUCACCAGCUGAAAAUGCAUCAGAGGAUCCACACGGGCGAGAAACCCUUUGUUUGUACACAGUGUGGAAAGCGCUUCACUCAGUCCAGUCAUAUUAAAACACACCAGGCUGUACACACAGGAGAGAGACCGUUCAGUUGUUCACAGUGUGGGAAGAGCUUCUCAAUCAUAGGAAAUCUUCUGAGGCACCAAAAUGUUCAUACUAGGACAUAGCCUAAAUAUUUUGGGAUUAUCACUUUUACAUGUGAAUUAUCUGUAGGGCAGGGGUGGCUAACCGAGGUCCUGGAGAGCCACUCUGGUUUUUGUUUUGCCUUUAAACAAAACAACCACUUUAGAUCCAAGAAACUAGAUGGGGUGAGUCAACUUUGCAAUUGACUGCCUUAAUCGAUUAAUUAAGUGCUGAGUAACAGCAAAAACCAGCUGACCCUUUGGCUGUCCAAAACCUGGGUUGGUAAUCUCUGCUCUUGGGUAAUAGACAGCUAGAACUUUUAAUGCAGUAUAGUAGAAAUCCUGAUCCAUACAUUUGAAGAGAAUGCAAAAGAAAAGCAAGGUAUUUAAACCAAAUACAAUGAACAAAAAAUGAGCACUUCUGUUCAUUCCACUUUCAAUCACAAAAGGCAGGAGCUACAUUGUGGUGUAGAACUCUGGUGCACAUCUUCUGUGUAAUAUUUUGUAUACUGUGUCCUUUACAAGUAAAAAACGAAGUUUGCCUAAUUUUCACCAUAUUUGCCCAGUUAUUUAAAAUGAGAAGCUACAUUUUUCAAACGUUAAUCAGAAAACUUCACGAAAAGAAAUGUGCUCAACUCAAUAAUCGAUGAGAGAAUAUUGGGUGCUGAAUCCAAAAGCACAAUUUUACCCCAAAUGUACAUACAUCGGGUUAGAAAGGACAUUACUAGUAUACAUGGUAAUACUGGUAUUGAUGCGUGAUGCUGUGCAUACCAUUCUUGUACUGUAAAAGCAAAGUCUUGCUGAAUCUGACAAAAAUAAAAAUGAAAAAUAAUAAACUA